UGCACCCUACAACUUCCGGUGAAAUACAAAUCAUGCAGCGCCGCAUUUGUCAUUCACUUUAGCGUGCCUGAUCAGUGGGAUAAAACCAUGUUCACUCCGCCGAAGGAGGGGAUGCCCAGCAUGAUAGACAGGGCGCUGAGGAUGAGGAGGGAGGAGCAGGCUCGUCAGGUGGUCCUUGCCUGGGCUGUUCUAAACGUAUCUCUUGCUGGCAUGAUUUACACUGAAAUGUCAGGCAAGCUGCUGAGCCGAUACUACAACAUUACCUACUGGCCUAUCUGGUACAUCGAACUGGUGCUUGCCUCCCUUUUUAGCCUCAAUGCUCUUUUUGACUUCUGGAAGUAUUUCAAAUACACAAUGGCUCCGUCCACAAUUGCUGUAAGCCCUGAGCAGCAUCACCUUCUGGGUCUGAGAAACACAAGUAUUCAGGCAUCUCCGCCCCAAAAGCCAGAAAAGAAGGAAGCUCCGGCUCCAGCCCAGUCAUCUCCUUUGCAGGGCCAGAGCGUGCUCAGCUUUAGUCCCUCUCGUACAGCUUCCAGCAGCCCCAAGUUCUCCCCCAGCUGUGUUCCUGGAUAUAGCCCCACACUCAGCAGCCCAUCCCCAACAAACAGUGCAGGAGGCCCCUUUCCAGAGUCUGUGUCUCCAAGUCACAGUCCUACGUUUUGGAACUACAACCGUUCGGUGGGAGAUUAUGCGCAGAGCCUGAGGAAGUUCCUUUACCAGCCUGCAUGCCGCUCUCAGGCGCCUUCUGCCCACAAGGAUGAGACGGACCUGGGCUCCAAACAGGCUGCAGAGGAGGUGUGGGCGAGAAUCACAACCAGUCGCCCGGUUUUGGAUCGCAUUGAUGGCUGGACAGCCAAGCUUAGAAAUUGGAUCAGUGAUACUAUCUUGGUCCCCUUGGUCAAAGAAAUAGACUCAGUUAAUAGCUUGCUCAGGAGAAUGGGCUGCCCAGAGCUCCAGAUAGGAGAGGCCAGCAUAAGCAGUCUGAAACAGGCAGCAGUGACCAAAGCCUCCUCCAUCCCUACUUUGAACUCUAUUGUCCAAUACUUGGAUAUCACACCCAACCAGGAGUAUCUAGUGGACCGGAUAAAGGAGCUGGCUCACAGCGGUUGUAUGAGCUCCUUUCGCUGGAACGGUGGUGGUGAUCUGAAGAACAGGAAAUGGGAUACAGACCUUCCUACUGACUGUGCUAUCCUCAUGCAUGUGUUUUGCACAUACCUGGACUCCAGGCUGCCUCCGCACCCAAAGUACCCAGAUGGGAAGACUUUCACUUCUCAACAUUUUAGCCACACCCCGGACAAACCUGAUGUUACCAAGGAGAACCUCUUCUGCAUUCAUCAAAGCAGCACCACUCCUCCUCACUACCAGCUCAUCUACCAAGGACAUGUCUACAGUCUUCCCAAGGGCAGGAACAACCUGUUCCACACAAUCCUCAUGUUCCUCUAUGUUAUUAAGACCAAGGAGUCAGGGAUGCUGGGGAGAGUGAAUCUGGGCCUCUCAGGUGUGAACAUCCUGUGGAUAUUUGAGGACUGAGGCGUCAUCCUCAAAUAUUAAGUUACAAGGGAACUCCAAGUGGAUUUGAGGACAUGUGUGUCCCCUUUCUGGUGGACAUGAGCAAAAAAAAACAAAACACAACAACAAACAAACAGCACACAAGACUUCAGUUAGAGUAGAUGCAUGUUCUUUGAACAUUUUGAUGAUUGACAGCCUGCUGUGUUUUCAUUUGCAUUUUUAGAGACAUGUUUCUUUUUCACCACAGAGUGCUUAUGAUACAACAAAGAGCUGUAUUUUUUAACAGUGUUUGGAGUUUCUGAUUUUUUACUUUAAGAAUGUACCCGCAUGGCAGCCUUGUAAAUAAUAUACCUCAGAUUUAUCUGGUGGACAGCAAGGGCUCAGACCCAUCAGCUUGAAUGUAAAUAGCAACGUUUUGUCGCUUUCCCCGCCUGUCCUGUUGUAGUUUAGAAUGCAAUAAUCGGAUUAUUCCUGGCAUGCGCUUGAAUUACUGGGGAGGGAAAAAAAAGACCAGUGGAUAUUGCAGCUAUGCUGAAAGCAGUUGUACGUAUAUGUACAGCUGCGGAAAUGCUGCACAUACAUGUACAACAGUUGAACUAAGUGUGAUGGAGAGAUGAAAAGCCUUCAAGUCACCAACGUCUGUUUCUGUGAAUAUUUCUUCUCCUUGGAUUUUAUACCACCCUCUACAUGUUUGUUUGUUUUCGAUAAAGCUGUUUUACAAGUGUCAAACGAGACUUGGAAAUUAAAUUGAAAUAUUAAUAAUA